AUGGCGAAACCUGGUUUUGAGCGGGUCAACCCAUCAAAGAAAGAAGAAAACACUACAAUAGAAAAAUCUCAAGAAAUUCUAAGGGGUGGUGCCAAGAAGGUUGUCAUUUCUGCCCCUAGCAAGGAUGCACCCGUGUUUGUUGUUGGUGUUAACAAGAAGGAAUACAAACCAGACCUUCACAUUGUUUUCAAUGCUAGCUGCACUACCAAUUGCCUUGCUCCCCUCGCCAAGGUUAUCAAUGACCGAUUUGGAAUUGUCGAGGGUCUUAUGACCACUGUUCGCACCGUCACAGCUACUCAGAAGACUGUUGAUGGUCCAUCAAACAAGGACAUGUUAUUACAGGCAAACUUUCUGCCUAAUAUUAUAAGGGGAUCUCUAUGUGUUUCAAAUUGUUCAUGCAUUGGUCAUUGCCCUCGUGGAGCGAUGGUGACCAAAGACACAGACGUUCAUAUGCCAUAUGACAAGGUGACUAUUACUUUGGAGGAUAUACACCUUUUGGUAGGUCUUCCCGCAUAUGGUGAACUAGUCAGAGUCAAGACUGGUGGUAUUGAUUGGUGGGCCUUGAUUUGGGAGCAUGUGGGGGUUGUGCCAUAUAGCAGAUAG